GCGAGCCAGCAGCGGAGAGAGAAGACCCGGUAGAGCGCGAGGAGGGAGAGAGAGAGAGAGAGAGAGAGAGAGAGAGAGAGAGUGAGAGAGCGAGAUCGAGGGUGAACGAGAGGAGAGAGAGCGACGACCGUCACGGUCCGCGUGCCUGAGGGACGGACGACACGCUCCCAGCCAUGCCGUCCAACAGUCCUGCAGCCGCUGAACCGCCCGAGACACCAGAGAACGACAUCACCAAUGAUGUGAAUGAAGAUGGAGCAGACCAUGACAGUCCAGAGGAGGGGACACCAGCGAGCCCUCGCACCAAGCGCAGAGUGGGUCGUCCUGGCAGGAAACGCAAACAGCUGCUUCCUGAGAUGGCGACCUCUGAUCCCUGUGCAAACGCCCCUCCAACCCCGCCUGAGGAGCCGGAGCCCUCCCCCUCCCCUCGCAAGAAGCGUGGGCGUCGGAAACUAGAGCAAACCGAGAAGAAUAAGGACGAGCCAGACGACAGAAACUGCGACUCCCCCAGAGAGGGUGAGACUGGCAGGCUGCGGAGGAGGCCAGUCCCCAGAGUGACUUUCCAGGCUGGAGAUCCAUACUACAUCAGCAGGAGACAGAGAGAAGAAUGGCUCAGCCGCUGGAAGAUGGAGGUGGGAGAGAAACAGGCAGAGCGACGUGCGUACAGAGAGGCGGAGAUGAGCAUGAUGGACAACCUAUCAGAAGGCGACUUUCAAAAAGAGGAGUCAGCCAGCCCUGCCCCUCCCCAUUCACAGCAACAAACAGCCCCCGCCUCGCCGACAGUUGCCGUGACACCGGAGCCAGUUGCCAGGGGAGAACGGCCCCUGCCCAGGGAGAUAGAGUACCAGGAUGGCCGAGGUUUUGGCAUCGGUGUUCUGGUGUUUGGGAAGCUGCGAGGUUUCUCUUGGUGGCCCGGCAGGAUUGUUUCCUGGUUGAUGAGCGGCCGAAGUCGAGCUGCAGACGGAACUCGCUGGGUGAUGUGGUUUGGAGACGGAAAGUUCUCUGUGGUUUGUGUGGAGAAGCUGAUGCUUCUGAGCUCUUUCUCAUCUGCCUUCCACCAGCCCACCUAUAACAAACAGUCUAUGUACCGGAAAGCCAUCUUCGAGGCUCUGCAGGUGGCCAGUGUACGGGCGGGGAGGCCAGUUCCUUCCUGUGAUACAAGCGAUGAUGCAGAGGGGGUGGACAUUCAAACCAGACAGAUGAUAGAGUGGGCCAUGACCGGCUUCCCACCCAAUGGUCCACAAUCACUGGAACCUCCAGAGGAGGAACAAAAUCCAUAUAAGGAAGUGUACCCCGAGAUGUGGGCGGAACCUGAGGCAGCGUACACGCCUCCACCCGCCAAGAAACCACGCAAGAACUCAGCUGAAAAAGCAAAGAUCAGGGAGGUGAUCGACGAAGGGACCAGAGAGAGACUCAUAUGUGAGGUCAAAAAGAAGACCAGGAACAUAGAAGAUAUCUGCAUCUCCUGUGGAAGCCUCAACGUCUCUCUGGAGCAUCCUCUCUUCUUAGGAGCAAUGUGUCAGGGCUGCAAAAACUCGUUCCUGGAGUGCGCCUACCAGUACGACGAUGACGGCUACCAGUCCUACUGCACCAUCUGCUGUGGAGGAAGGGAGGUGCUCAUGUGUGGCAACAACAACUGCUGUAGGUGUUUCUGUGUGGAGUGUGUGGACCUGUUGGUCGGAGCCGGCUCGGCGGCGGCAGCCAUCAAAGAAGACCCGUGGAACUGCUACAUGUGUGGGUCCCGGACCGCCUACGGGUUACUGCGGCGACGGGACGACUGGCCCUGCAGACUACAACACUUCUUUGCCAACAACCAUGAACAGGACUUUGAGCCAGCCAAGUUGUAUCCUCCAGUUGCAGCAGAGAAGAGGAAACCAAUCAGAGUUCUCUCCCUGUUUGAUGGCAUUGCCACAGGUCUGUUGGUGCUGAAGGAUUUAGGCAUGCAGGUUGACAAGUACGUGGCUUCUGAGGUGUGUGAGGACUCCAUCACUGUCGGCAUGGUCCGACACCAGGGUCGCAUCAUGUAUGUGGGUGACGUACGCAACGUAACACACAAACAUAUCGAAGAGUGGGGACCAUUUGACCUGGUAAUAGGAGGAAGCCCCUGCAACGACCUCUCCAUAGUCAACCCUGCAAGGAAAGGCCUUUUUGAGGGAACCGGCCGGUUGUUUUUCGAGUUUUACCGUCUUCUGCACGAGGCUCGACCAAAAGCAGGCGACGAGCGUCCGUUCUACUGGCUGUUUGAGAACGUGGUCGCUAUGGGAGUCAGCGACAAACGGGACAUCUCCCGCUUUUUAGAGUGUAACCCAGUGAUGAUCGAUGCCAAGGAGGUCUCUGCUGCCCAUCGCGCUCGCUAUUUCUGGGGAAACCUGCCAGGCAUGUCCAGACCUCUGACACCCAUGACGAAUGACAAGCUGGACCUACAAGAGUGUCUCGAGCACGGGCGUACAGCCAAGUUUGAGAAGUUGCGUACGAUAACGACACGCUCCAACUCUGUGAAGCAGGGGAAAGACGAGCAUUUCCCCGUCUUCAUGGACAACAAGGAGGACAUCCUCUGGUGUACUGAGAUGGAAAGGGUGUUUGGUUUCCCCGUCCACUACACCGACGUGUCCAACAUGAGUCGUCUGGCCAGGCAAAGGCUUCUGGGACGUUCCUGGAGCGUCCCCGUCAUCAGGCACCUCUUUGCCCCGCUCAAGGAAUACUUUGCCUGCAACUAGUCACGCACCAACUCUCUCUCUCUCACACACACACACACACACACACACACACACACACACACACACACAUAUACCUUAUACAAUAUACAGCUACUGUAGUACAUGAAGGUUGGCUGACACAGGAUGACACAGAUGAAUGGAGGGAGAUACACACACAUAUAUAUAUACAUACACACACACACACACACACACACACACACACACACAGUAAAGGACUGCUUCCCUAGACCCCAUGUAGACCACUGGCUGACUUUAGUCCCCUGGUGCUACCUUGCUGAUUUACAAACACACACACACACACACACACACACACACACACACACACGCAUACUGGUGCAGCGUUUCUGUACUUUGUUCACAAGCAAACUUCCUGUCCAACCUUGAAACCGGUGUCUUCUGGCUUUACUUUGUUAUAGCAGCUGGAGUUCAAACCUCCACAGUGCGCAGAAAUGACAAAGAUGCCUAAAAUUUCUGUUUUUUAACAUCUCUCUGAGUAUAUUAACACACCAGGGAAUCCCUCUUAACCGUAACACUUAACUCUAUUCCUGCGUAGUGACAGUGCUGCUGGUGUAUUACAGUGCAAUGAACACAAAUAUACAAACACACACACACACACACACACCUGUUAACGUUCAUGGUGCUGGUGAGGCAGUGAUAGAUUCCAAAUGGUGCCACUUUAAUACAACACUUUUAAAGUUUUUGGUGCUCUUGGAGACUUCAAGUCUCUGCAUGUUUCAGUCGCUACAGUUUUGUGUCCCUAACUUAGUUCACCCAAAUGCUUACAAGCAGGUGGAGGCAACACUAAGUGAGAGAGGUGGAUUUUUAAGAUCUAUUUAUUUGUCAGAUUUAGUGAGAGUGUGCAAAGGAGCAUCCAGCAACUAUGAUCAGAUAGAUACAUAUGAAGUUUUUUCUAAUGUGACUGACCACAACUAAAUGAGAUUGGAAUUUGUUCUGUUUACUUGGUGGAAAAGCUGCUCUGGAGUUAAAAAUAAUUAACAAAUAAAAACAAAGGUUUGUGUGGAAAAAUAACACCGAAAAGGUCUUCAUCGUCCCCUGAGGAAGACCACUUUUGUCUUAAAUGUCAGUAAUUUGCGCCUUAUGAAAUACUGAAAUAAAUGAGUGAAUUUUCGGGGAUGCCACAGCAGUUUGAGGUUAUUUUUUUCUUUGUUAACCUGUAUUGGUUACAGAAUCCUCACUAGCUUCCAGACAAAUAUAUGUACAUGGGACAAAAUCUAGACAUUGACAGAAAAAGAAAUCAAAAUGAACAGGAGGAAGAUGAAAACAUAUUUAAAGUAUUUUUAAAGUUAGUUUAAAACAAAACUAAUUUUGAUACAAAAUCUAGACAAAAUAAGUGAUACUGAUUAGCAUGUUUCUUCAAGAAUAUACUUUUUUAAGUAACAUCUGAGCCAAGAUCAUAAUGUAAAGCCUUGGAACUCAUCUUUAGUGUUUGGAGCACCCUCCAGUGGGCAGAGAAACAGUAUGAAGAGAGUGCAUAAAAGGACACACACUCAUGAUGGGGUAAAACAAUCCUAUUAGUAGUCACUGGAUUAGAAACAUUGUAAAACUAAAGACAGAAUAAAGUCGGCUUUUAUACUUAAUACCUACCUAGUGCCACGUAACUUAAUGAAGUUUCGCUUUAACAGUGUAUUAUUUCUUGGUGGUUUUUGCAAUAUUUUAGGCAGUGAUUGUACAUCAAGGUCUGUUAAUGUCUUGGUGAAUAUGCUGUGAUAUUCUGCACACUAGAGGCAUCUUAAGGGUUUACUCCCUCAUGUUUAGUAUCCGCUGGUAUGCAAAACUUACUUGAUAACAUUUGUAAAAGUGCUGUUGUAUUGCAUUGGUUACUGUUAGCUGUUGCUCAAAUGACUGUGAUGUUCAUCUUAAUAGUGCAAAAUUGGAAUAAUACUGUAUGUCACUUUAGUAAUCACGUCGCUUUCCUGAUAGAGGCUGUAGCCAGAAGUUGAGGUUGGAUGUUACAGGUGAUGUCUGCAUAAAGUUAGUCCCAGUAAACAUACUGUACCUGGAGAGUAGAUGUCAUACUGUACUACUGUACCAAACCUUGGUCUAAUUAAUGGGAUCAUUUUGUUAGGUUGGCAGUGAAAAAGGACACUAUUUUAUUAUGUUGAUGUACUAGAGGGACGUUUCUGUUCAGAUAAUCUUUAGACAAAGUCUGGCAAAACAGUUUUACUGUGAAAUGACCACAUAAGGUAGUGUUCAUGUAGCCUGGUUUGUUUUUAGCCAUCAUGCGAGUUGUGACCUUUUUAAAGAUCAUGAAUACCUGCCAACAUCAUUAAAUCUUGAGUUUGCUUGCUAUUUAAGGGAUUGGAGAUUUUAACUUCAUUUUAAACAAGAUAUAUUUAUUGUUUAUGGCACAGUCAAGUACACACACACAUAUAUAUAUAUAUAUAUACAGACUCUAGACUACCAUAUAUAUCUUUCUUAAUAUUAUUACACUGCAUAAAGUCUACUGUCUAGAUUUUGUGUCAAAAUCUCAGUUUAAGACCACUAGACCUUCCUCCUAUCCCUUAAAAGCCACUUAAGAGCCCACAUUUUCUCACACCCAUUUCUGUUGUUUUUUUCAAGAAACAAGCGACUUCUACUUCGGCAAAAUGUGAGGGUUUCUUUUCCCUUAAAUGGGUUGCUCCAAAAACGAAAAUGAAAAUGAAAAAUCUUCUCUUCCACCCAACGAGUUUUAAUUCGUCCAGUGAGAUUAUUUCUGCCUCCAGAGCAGCACUGCCUCUGAGAAACAUUGAACUAAACUAACAGCUUUUUAGGGAGUUCAGUGUCGUGCUCAUCGCAACAUUUAGAGUAAAAGGAGGAAGUCUGGUGAAAAAGUUCAUACUAGUCACAGUCUACCUAAUGCAGUUACGCUCCUACUUUGCUUCAUAGAGAUCCAAAAUGUCCUCCAGUUUUAUCGCAGCCACAUCCACUGAAACCAGAGGCAGACCUGUACUCUGUAGACACUAUGCUGGUUUUCUACUUCCUAUGACUGAAACAGAUAGCCCUGUAUAAAUAACAGAUACUUCCUUAUAUCACACAGAUACAAUUGUACCACCUGUUUCUGGGUGUUUCUUCUGCCUUUCUGCCCAAUGCAUGCUGGGAUAAACUCUGUGAACUUGAAUAGGAAUAAGCAGGUGAAGAAAAAUGGCUUGUCAUGAAAUAAAAUGUUUCCAAGACUACAAUACACACAGACAAUAUGUGCAGAAGUCCCAAUAUACUGAUGUUUUAUUUAAACAGGGCUGUCUUUUGAGAAAACAUCAUUUCAGUCUGGUGCUUUUGGUCCUCAGGCGGCCAUCUUUUUCCAGGAAGCCUUCCGAUCCUCUGACCAUCCUCAGACACUAGCUAACAUCUGGACACACGCAGUCUAUGCUGACAUGCAAACACAAACACACACACACACACAUGCACAGUUACAAAACCAACAAUAUACCAGCAGGUUCAACGUUUUUUCCAUUAUGUUUACUCUCCAUUUAUACAACCAACCUUCAGGUGUUUUAUAAACUCUUAAAACUCUUUUUUACAGUGCUCUUGCAGGUUACACACACAUACACACACACACACACACACACACACACACACACACACCCUCACACACUUGCUGGAAACACAGUGCCGACUUUCACGCUUUCUCUGAACUCCUUUAGCUACAAAACAUUAACACACAUGCACACACACUGUGUUUUUGCCGGCUGCCUGUUGCCAUCAGGCUUCCCAUGGCGCUGCCAGGUGUGACAUCAUCACCCUGCGUCGCUUGGUGCUCCCAAACCCUUCACCCAAAACCCCCCAACUCCCUGAACCCCAGGUGCUGCAUGUCAGUCAGUCAGUGUAUUCUCCGAUUCCAUGUUAGAUUAGGGAGUAAUGAUAAUAAUAAUCAUGGUAAUAAUAAUUACAAUAAUAAUCUGUUAUUGUGUGUGUGUACUGUUCCAGGUUGGUGCUCAGUUCAGUUCAGUCUCAGCCUAGAGGGGAGAGAGAGAGGCUAGAGAAAGCAUAUAUUAAAGUUAGUAUAGUGACUUGUUCUAUUGUAUCCAAGGAUGCCGGAAGAAAUUGUUAAGCAGAUGAGCUGAAGGAAACUCUCAAACAAGAGCAAGUUGAAAUAACACAGAAUGUAGGAGGCAGGUUGAGGUGAAACUAUCAAAACCAUCUAUCAAUAAAUACCCACAAAUCAUACCCAGUAGAAUCUGGGGAAAAUGGAUAAUAAUUUCCCCGUGUUAAGGCGAAAUCCAAAGUUCCCAGUUGUUCCCAAAGUUUUGGUCAGAACCUCCUGAAGGCAAGAUCAUCAACAAUAUAGGAAAGCAAAAGAAAAGAAGUCUUCUACACAAAAUUAGGCUUGCCUUUUCUGGUUUCUUCUGAAAUAUUGGACAGUUUUAUUUCUAAGGCUGCAAGGAACAAUUAUUUUCUCGGUUAAAAAAAAAAACCGUCAGCAAAUAGUGAAAUAUACCGAUAUCAAGUUCCCCCGAGCCGAAUGUGAGGUCUUAAAACAAUUUAUUUUGUUGAACCAACAGUCAAACCCCCAAACAUAUUCAGUUUACUAUCAUGGAAGACAUAGAAGAAACCAGAUGAUAAUCACGUCUGAGAAGCUGGAGCCAGAUCAUUUGUUUUUCUUUAAAACAUUACUUUAAAUGAUUAAUCAAUUAUCUGCUUUAGUCUUCCAUUUCCACACUUACAAAUCAUUCAACUGAAACAAUCUGAGAAGGGAAAUUAUUCAGCACAGAGUUUGUUUUGUUUAGUUGCACAUGCUAAAAUCAAUGCAUGCACUGUAUCUGAUAUCUGAAAUCUGUCCUCUGCUUGAGAGAUGUGGGAAGAUGAAGACAUGAAAUGCUUCCCCAUCUUUGAAUGUUAUAUCUUACUAUAAAGUAUAUAUUUGGAAAACAUUAAUCGUAAGAAGUUGAGUUUUCUGAAAUCAGAAGUUUGAGUGGGUUUGAGCAGCUGCUUGUAGUUAAUCGACACGUUAAACUGUGCAACCUGUGACGAGGGGUGACAGCCAGCUGUUUGCUUAUUUUAAAGUCUCACAAGCCAAAAGGCUUCAAAAGCCAAAAACCACCGGCUCAAAAGCAGAACUUCAGCUCAUUUUGUGUAAUUUCAAAAUCUGUUUGAGAGUGCAGUCGGA